AUGCCUAACAAUCCAGGGAUGCAAAUGGCUCAAGCACCACAACCAGUGGCACGCAUAGAGCCACCAGCCCAACAGGUUGAACCAAACCCUGGUAUAGUAUUGGUAAAUAGAAACCAAAAUGCUGAUGAAGUAAUAAGGAAUAUUCAACAAAACCGGUUCGAUAGGCAAAAUAACUUGGCCCAAAUGGUCGAAACAAUUUUAGUACAGAAUGGUUUGAACUUGGGCUUACACAGGCCCAAUUUUGUGUCUCCAUUAUCUGAGUAUGUGUUACAGACAGAAUUACCAAGGGGUGUGAAAAUCCCUAAGUUUACUAAGUUUGCAGGAGAAACAAAUGAGUCCACUGUCGAACACAUUGCUAGAUAUUUGGUCGAGGCAGGGGACUUGGCUAAUAAUGAAAAUUUAAGAAUGAAAUAUUUCCCCAAUGCCUUAACUAAAAAUGCUUUUACAUGGUUUACAACCCUUCCUCCUCAUUCCAUACAUAAUUGGAACCAAUUGGAAAGGAUUUUCCAUGAGCAAUUCUAUAUGGACAGUCUAAGAUAA